GCUCCGGUGCGCGGCUACCUCACUGUCAGCGCGCAGCUCGUACAUCGGCCCGGCGUCCGUGGAGGGAGGCACGAAGAUUUUCGAUUUCGGAGGGAGGAGACGAGGUCGAGGAAAGCAGUAUCAUACCCCCCUCAUCAUCAUCAUCACCACCAUGGCCGAGAACGAGAAAGGCCCCUACUCGCAUGCCGUCGUCAACGAGAGUAUCAAGCGCGAGCAGCACGGCACUGGGCCGUUUGAGAACGUCCACGAUGCCGAGCGCGCCCAGGGCACCGACCCGAACAGGCAGUUCCACUUCCUCUCGCUGAUCGGACUCGCGUACGCCAUCCUCAACUCGUGGACGGCAAUGGCCACUUCCCUCUCCAUCGCGCUCCCAUCCGGUGGCCCCGUCGCCGUCAUCUGGGGCAUCGUCCCCUCCUUCCUCGGCAACCUGGCCAUGGCUGCGUCGCUCGCCGAGAUCUGCCACGUCUACCCCACCUCCGGAGGCCAGUACCACUGGUCUGCGAUCCUCGCGCCGGCCGAGCACUCGGCGUGGAUCUCGUGGGUGUGCGGCUGGUUUGCUACGUCUGGGUGGAUCGCACUCGUCGGCACCGCCGGCUCGCUCGCCGGCUCCCUCAUCACCGGCGUGAUCGCGCUCCAGAACGACAGCUACGUCCAGAAGCCUUGGAACGUCUUCCUCAUCUACACGGGCUACACGCUCAUCGCGAUGGCCGUCAACAUCUGGGCCCUGCCUAUCCUCCCGCGCCUCAACCAGGCCGCCAUCUUCUGGUCGCUCAUCGGCGCCGUGGUCAUUCUCAUCACCUGCCUCUCGCGCUCGGCGGGCAACUUUGCCUCGCCCAAGUUCGUCUUCACCGAGUUCAUCAACGAGACGGGUUGGCCGAACGGCAUCGCUUGGAUCCUCGGCCUCCUCCAGUCGUGCUUCGGCCUCACGGGCUACGACGCCGUCUCGCACAUGGUCGAGGAGAUGCCCGAGCCCCACAAGUACGCUCCCCGCGUCAUGAUCCUCGCCGUGUGCAUCGGUGCCGGUUCGUCCUUCAUCUUCCUCAUCUGCCUCCUCUUCUGCAUCAAGGACAUUGCCGACGUCAACACCUCGGCUGCUGGCCCCCUCCUCGCCGCCAUCUACCAGGGCACCAACUCCAAGGUCGCCGCCACCUGCCUCCAGAUGUUCCCCAUUGUCUGCAUGUUCUUCACCGCCCAGGGCCUCAUGACCGCCUCGUCGCGCAUGACCUACGCCUUCGCCCGUGACGGCGGCAUGCCCUUCUCCAAGCUCUUCUCGCGCAUGAACUCGAACGGUGUCCCCGUCCCCGCCGUCCUCCUCAACACGGUCCUUGUCAUCAUCUUCGGCUGUGUCUACCUCGGUUCCAGCGCCGCUCUCAACGCCAUUCUUUCGUCGUCCGUCGUCUCGCUCAACAUCUCGUACUGUGUCCCCAUUGCCAUCGUUGUCAUCCGCGGCCGUGGCAUCCUCCGCCCGCCCUCCCUCCCCGAGCCGACCUUCACCCUUGGCCCCAUCCUCGGCCCCAUCUGCAACAUCUUCGGCCUCAUCUUCACUGCCGUCACCACCGUCUUCUUCCUCUUCCCCCCCGCCAUCCCCGCCACCGGCUCGAGCAUGAACUACGCCGUGGCCGUCUUCUUCAUCGUCGGUAUCAUCUCUGCCAUCACCUGGUUCACCCAGGGCCGCAAGGACUUCAUCGGUCCCCGCGACCUCGGCGCCCUGCUCGAGCUCGCCCGCACAGAGGUCGCACCCAACGCCCGCCAGGGCAAGCACGCGACCACCAUCGUCGAAGAGAGCGAUUAGUGUAAUCAAUGUGCCACAUUCAUAGUUGCCACAGACCGCAAUGGUUGUGUAGAGUAGGGCUUUGGGCCUGCAUAUGGAUAGAAUCUUAAUCUUGCAA